AUGCCUCCUUGGAAUAUGUACACCUUUGAAUUCAAGCCUGACAGCAACUAUGAUCAUGAUGAUCCAGAAGCAAAUUCAUCCAAGUCUGACUCACCACCAAAGGUGUUAGUACCAACCCGCAAGUCCUGUGGUAAGCCCAAGGCGGAGGAAUUCAUCCACAAAGCGGACAAAGAAGACAGUGAUGAUGAUCAAAAGAACAGGAAAUAUCAAUGA